AACUGCAAGGAUCGUAUACGUUUAAUAAGUUUAUGUAACCACACAUGUUAUAUAGAAUAAUAAGCUAAGUAUCUCAAUUCGAAGGAUUAAGGAUUGAUUUUCAAAUAACUCAAAACGAGUGAAGGGCAUACUUGUAUAUUUACUUUUUAAGUAGCGUCCAAGUUAUAUUGUUAAUUGGGCUGAUUACAAUGCCCAGUCGAGUUAAUAAGAGAUGGGAAUCACAAAUACAAAUAGAGAGCACAAUAAGCGAAUAACCAACGAGCUGCCAGCUAGUAACAUCACAAAAUAGGAUUACGCAAAGUUGCAAACGCAUUAUGUUGAUGUUGAUUUAAGCUUCGGUGUUUGCCUUUAUCGCAUCUAUUUAUUUAUUUAUUUGUUCGCCGUGCUGCAACAUCUUCAGCUCCACAGCUCCAUGGCUUUAUAGACUCCAGCCAAUCAAACAAAUAUGGGACAAACUUGACCCGCUUUCGUCGCGGAAUUGGCAUCACAUCGCGUCGCAUGGCAUCGAAAAUGGGCAGGGAAGGGCUCCCCAGAUUGGCCUCUCGUUUAUUUGGCCAUUAAAAAUUACAUAAAGUGACAGCGUUGUGCCCCUUUCCCUUUUUCUAUUAGCCAUACAAUUGAUUAAAAUCAUCAGUAUGGCAUAGGCUUAAAUUAGCUAGCUAUAGCUUAUAUUCUUGUACUUAUUUGGUUUACCAUUUAAAUGGUUAUCUAACUUUAGUUAACCCAUUUAAACACGAAAGCCCAGCAGCAACAAUUAGACCAUGCCCCCUAAAUACUUGACCCAAAAUCAUCGCUAUGCUAUGUAUGCAACUAAUGCAUUUCCAUUUCGCAGACAAGAUUCUCGAACUUGGACUGGGAGUAGGCCAAUUAAGAGUUAGCCACGCGGCCGCACGAACAGGUGUCGUCGCUGCAACAGCAACAGCAACAGCAGCAGCAACAGCAGCAACAUCUAGUGACAGCAGCAACAUCCAAAGACAGCAGCAACAAGUGGCAUCAUUAUCAUUUGCGGUUUUGAUCAUCGGCGGGGCGGUUUGCCGUUGCCACUGGUAGAAAACGGGAAAUCGGAAACAUGUUCUCCUCCAGCGCCUCGGCCGCGUCCACAUCCUUCAAUCUCGGCCAGCUGCUGCCUUUGGCCAUCGCCAUCGGAGUGUUGCAUCUGCCGCAGUUUCUGUGUCAUGCUGCCUGGGCAACCAGAACGCCGGAAAAUUUCAUUAACGAUACAACCACCGCCACUAAGACCAUGCAAAUCGAGGCGAUGCAGGUGAACUGCAGCCGGGAGCUGCUCGAGAUGCAUCUGGAGUUGAGCCGUCCCUUUCGGGGAUUACUCUACGCAAAGGACUUUCCGCUGGAGUGCCGUGCACGUGGCAAGGACUCGACGCGUCUGCAUCUGCGCAUCCCAACAUCGGGAUGCGGAGUGAGGGCGGAGCCCCUGGAGGACGGCAGUCUGGAGUACACGGUGCGUGUGAUGCUGCAAAAGGAGCAGAAGCUGCGCCAGAGCACCGACAUCCUUAGCUCGGUGAGGUGCCAACUGCCGGCCAAUGCGAUGGGCAUGCCACUGCCGGUGUUGCGACAGGAAAAGGGUCACGAUAGAAAUGCCAGGAUGCGAGCUUUGGCAGCUGCUGCAGCUCCAGCGAUUGGCGCCACUUCACCCAUCAACCAGCAGCAGCGGGACACGCCACGCGUGAGGAUCUGGCUGGAGUUGGGCGGUCCCAAUGGCACCGGAUCCGUGGAGGUGGGCGUGGCCACCACGCUGACGGUGAGAGCCAUCGUGCCCGGAAACAUCGGAGUGCGGGUGGUGGACUGUGCGGCACUCGAUGGCCUGGGCGAAUCCACGCAGCAAUUACUCGAUGCCCGCGGCUGUCCCAUCGACGAGCAGGUAAUGCCCGCUCUGCACACCCAGCACCGACCGGCGGAGGAGGGAUGGUCCAAGCAGCACGAGGAAGACCUGGUCGAGCGGACGUUCGCGGCCACGUUUCCCGCCUUCAAGUUCCCGGACCGCGAGCGCCUACACGUCAGCUGUGGCGUGCAGCUUUGCAAGGGGAAGUGUCCGACUCUAAAUUGUCGCCUGAAGACGCCUUCGCCGGCACUGAGCGCCGAGCAGCACCUGGCACGCAUCGAGGUGUUCAAUUCGCUGGCCGUGACAGCUCCUCAAAUCGAGGUGGACCGCCUGCGCUACGACAGGCGCCACAACAUGAGCGGCGAGGAUUAUGCGCCGCAUGUGAGGGGCCAAGUGAUGCCCGGCGAGGGAACGCUCUGUCUGUCCAUCUCCAAGCUGGCCAUCUCGUUCUGCGUUCUGGGCCUGAUCUUCCUGGUGGCCGUGGUGGUGGCCAUCUUCUCGCUGAUACGCUCGCGUCGCCGGGAGCGUCGUCAUGGAGCUGGCUUGAGUCUGGGUCUGGGAGUGGGCCUGGGCAUCGCCGGGACGAGCACGUCGAACAGCAGCAGUCGAUUGCAUCGGGAUCGUGCCGAGAUCUGCACCUCGAUGUUCUCAUCCAGCAGCGAAUCGGCGCAAUCGCAGCCGCGUUUCGGGGCCAAGUUCCUCAUGCCCUACUAUCCGAAUACCCUGCCCUACGGCCGUGUCUACUAAUUGAUUACGCGGCGGAGUUAUUUAGUGGAGGCGCCUCCCAGAGACUGACGGAAUCGUCUAACGAGUGGUACACCAAAAUAAGGUCUAACUUUAGCAAUAUUAUGCGUAGUUCUGUAACUUUUCGGUUGGUCGAAAGGAUCUUGAAAGCGUUUUGCAAGCGGUUUGGGGCCAAAAUGCGUUUUGAUGUCCUUUCGCUGUAGCUGUAUGUAAUAUCUACAUAGAUCUAAGAAUAAAAACCUAACAUAGUUGCAUCCAAAUGAAACUCAAGCUCCCUUUAAGGUCAUUUUUUUUAUAUUUU